AUGACUUCCACCAGAAUGUCUUCCCACUUCUCCUUUCUAUCCAACAGGUUCAUUUACCGCAAAAUCGAAUGGUGGCUGGACUGGUCUGUGGUGAUGAUAGCCGGAACGGCGAUGCUGGUGACGUACUCAUCCCUGCUCCUGCUUCUUGCGAUCUGCCUCCAGCUCUGCCACCAACCUUUGAAGCUCCACUGGAUCCACAAGGUCCUGCUGAUCCUUACUGUUCUUGUGUUGGCCGCUGCUUUUGUGGGUCUAGAAGUCCAGUGGUCAGAGCAAUGGGAAAGUGCCCACAUCUCCCUGCAGGCUUUGGGUCCCUUCUUGCACAUCGGAGCCGUGUUUGGCAUGACCCUUUUGGCCUGGCCGGUCGCCAGCUGCGUUUACAGGACGUCCUCCAAAGCCCUCAAGAGCCUUCUCCUGCUGCUGUACCUGGCUGCCCUGCUGGCUCUGUAUUUGGCUCCACUUGGAAUCGACUCCCCUUGCUUCAUGGAGCACCGCGAGCUGCCUCCCAAACCAGCUCUCUUUGGGCACCGGGGAGCCCCCAUGCUCGCCCCCGAAAACACGAUAAUGUCGUUCCAGAAGGCCCUCCAUUAUGGCGUGAGCGUCUGGGAGACGGACCUCCUGGUCAGUGCCGAUGGCGUUCCCUUCCUCAUGCAUGAUGAGAAACUCACCCGGACCACCAAUGUGCAGGCCAUCUUCCCUGAUCGGGCGCAUGCCAAUGCCUCUUCCUUCCAGUGGAAUGAGCUAAAGCAGCUGGAUGCCGGCACAUGGUUCAUGCAGAAACCCCCCUUCCUCAUGAUCCAGGGCCUUUCGAGCGACGAUCGGUUCCUGGCAGCUGCCCAGCGGAUCAUAUCCCUGAAGUACCUUCUCCGCGAGGCCAAGAAGCACAACGUGUCCAUCAUGUUCGACCUGCGGCCGGAGGAGGACCCCAAGUAUGAGCAUCUUGUCAACGUCACUGUGGAGACCAUCCUGCAGUCAGGCAUCGCUCCAGAGCAGAUCCUGUGGCUCCCGGACGGUUUUCGAGAGCAAGUGAAGCAGCGAGUGCCACGCUUCCGGCAGAUCUAUAAGCGGAAGAGGCUCAGCAACGAGACAGAGGAGACACUUCGGAUCAACCUGCCCUACCAGAACCUGAGCAGUGCAGAAAUCCAGGAGUAUCGCCGUGACAACAUCUCUGUCAACCUCUAUGUGGUGAACGCUCCCUGGCUCUUCUCCGUCUUGUGGUGCGCAGGCGUCUCAUCCGUCACCACUAACGCCUGCCAGGAGCUGCAAGGGAUGGCGCGGCCACUCUGGCUGCUGCCUCGUGCCACGUACCGAAUGAUCUGGAUCGUGACAGACUGCGUUUCCUUCUUGCUGGUCGCAUGGGCCUUCCUUCUGCUGAAAAGAUGGUCUCGGAGAAAAGACCCAGCAGGAAUUUCCUUGGUUCAGACUGGCGAGCUAACCAUCACCUCCUUGGGCUUCCAGGCUCCGAUUCAGACGUCCUCUUGACCAAAAUCCACAGUCUGUUGUCCGAGUGACAUGGGAUCUCCUUUCUGCAGCUGGCUUUGGGUCAGGACCCUGUCUCUUCUUCCAAGGAUGCCUUUUGUGGAAAUGGCUCGAGGCUGGGACCCAGUGGCAACAGAAGCGAGAGAGUUGACUUGCGUUGCUUCAGAGUCGAGAGGAGGAACGGCCUCCGUCCAGGACUUCCACAGUCGAUUGUAUUGGCUGUCUUCUAAUUCGGCAUCUCCUUUCGGACCCAGGAACCCAUGCGAAAGCAUUGCAGCAACUGCCUUGGAAGGGUGACUUGUGGGGAAGGUGGUAGGCAUCUCUAAGUGUGUCUGAAGCACUUCUGAAUAAAGCAACCUGUGAGCUGGGAAA